AUGAUUAUUUUUAAAAGUAUUGUUUUUAUUUUUUAUAUAAUUUUCACUUUUUUUACAUUACAAUCAACAUCAUUAGAUUGUUCUAAAGCACCAACUCAAGCCUUGAAAAUUGUAUGUGCGCAAAUUCAAAAAUGGGAUGAGGGUUCAAGAAAAAGUCCUCAACUAACUCCGAGUAUUGCAUUACCACCAGCUAUUCCUGGACAACCAGCUCCAAUGAUUGCAGCUGAGAUUGCACCUAUUGCUAGAACAGCAGCUCAGUGUAUGGAUAUUGGAUGUUUGUGUUCUUUUAUAGGUGGAAAUGGUAGUCCUGGUAAUAAUAAUUGUGUUUUAUCAAAUGGCCAAAAAUUAAAUAAAGCUUUAAGAAAAGAAUUAAGAAUGUUAACAACAGAAGAAAGACAACGUUAUCAUACAGCUGUACAAAGAUUAAAAGCAAAUGGUGAUUUCACUAAUUUUGCACAAAUACAUGCACAAUUUUCUUCAAGUGGUGGUGCACAUAGUGGACCAGCAUUCCUUCCAUGGCAUAGGGAAUUUUUAAAAAGAUAUGAAAUUGCUCUAAGACAAAUUGAUCCUUCUGUUGCUUUACCUUAUUGGGAUUCAACAUUAGAAAGUGAACUUCCAACACCAGCAGAUUCUAUACUUUUUAGUGAUCUUUUUGCUGGUACUACAGAUGCUCAAGGUAAUGUUGUUACAGGACCUUUCAAAGGUUUUUCUACAACAAGUGGUGCCCCAAAUAUCAAAAGAAGAGUUGGUGCACAAGGUAGUGUCUUCAAAGAAUCAGAAGUAAAUUAUAUUUUACAGCAAACAAAAGUAGAUCAAGUAUUAUCUUUCACAGCACCACAACAAGGAUGUCCAGCACAAAUUCAAUGGAAUGCUUUAGAAUAUACACAUGGAAAUGUACAUAUAUUUGUUGGAGGUGAUAUGUAUGAAACUUCAACAGCUGGUAAUGAUCCAAUAUUUUGGAAUCAUCAUUCAUUUGUUGAUUAUAUCUGGGAAAUGUGGAGACAAAAUAAACAAAAUAGAUUUGAUAGAGAACAAUCUUAUCCACAAGACAUGCAACAAUGUUCUUCAGCAAAUCAUUUUGCUUCUGGUCUCAUGAGACCAUUUGAACCAUGGAGAAAUAUUGAUGGAUUAAAUAAUAAAUAUACUGAUAACAUGUAUGAAUAUGCUCCUAGACCAACAUGUUCUCCAUCAAAACCUUCUUGUAAUAGUGAAUUUUUAUUUUGUAAAAUUACUGGUAAUAUUGGUAAAUGUACAGCAAAGGUUAAGCCAACUGGAAAUUGUAGAGGAUUAGAAGGAUCAAAUGGAGCUUGUUAUGAAAGUCAAUGUAUUAAUGGAAAAUGUGUAUCUAGUGUACCAAAUCCAAUAACAACACCAAAACCAGCAGUUUUACCAACACGUCCACCACCAUUUGUUAGGGUAACUAACUGCUUUAAUGAAAAUGAAUGUUGUAGUACAUGGGCUAGAAAUGGAGAAUGUCAAAGAAAUGCACCAUACAUGAAUGCUUGGUGUGCAGCUUCUUGUAAUAAAUGUAAAUUUAAUUAUGAUAUCAAUGCUGAAUGUUCAGAUAGACAUAUGAAUUGUGGAUUAUGGUCGAGAUCUGGUGAAUGCCAAAAAAAUUUAUUAUGGAUGACAGAAAAUUGUAGAAAAAGUUGUAAUAAGUGUGAUAUUACACGUGCUGCAAAAUGUAGUGGUGGUGGAAGAACAUUUGUUACUACUCCAAGACCUCCCGUACCUUCAGUUAAUGGAAAUCCACAAGAUAGAAGCACUUGUAAAUCAGUAGGAUGCUUUAAUGAAAAUGUUUGCUGCCCUAUUUGGGGUAUAAUGGGUGAAUGUGCAAGAAAUCCUUUCUGGAUGUCUUGUAAUUGCAGAGUUUCAUGUGGUUUUUGUGUUCCAAACGAUUAUUACUAUGGAAGUUGUAAUGACUACCAUAGACAAUGUCAAGAAUGGGCAAAUAGAGGUGAAUGUCAAAAAAAUCCAUGGAUGACAGAAAAUUGCCGUUCAUCAUGCCAAUCAUGCUACAGUCAAUAUGAAUUACGUUCAAUGUGUCGUAGUGGAACUAAACCUAUUGGUGGUUUCGUUAGUUGGGGACGUGAUAUGAAUUGGGAACUAGGACUUCGUUUUAGAUAA